AUGAGACAAUUGAUAAGAGUGUCCAGGAUCGAAUUAACAAGGAGAAAGAACAUUGAGAAAAAAACUCUUGUUAGAAUCAUUGCUGUGGUGAAGACAUUAGCUAGAAACAAUCUUGCGUUUUGGGGGAGGAAGGAAAAAUUAUAUGAAGAUAAUAAUGGAAACUUUUUAAGCCUGAUAGAGAUGAUAGCAGAGUUAGAUCCUAUAAUGCAAGAACAUAUUAAACGUGUUCAAGUACAUGAGAUUCAUAAUCAUUACUUGGGACAUAACAUACAAAAUGAGUUGAUUUUGAUGUUAGCCGAUGAAGUCAAAAGUAUGAUCAUUAAGAAAAUCAAGGUAGAUAACACAUCGGGGAAAAGACUUUUUGACGAACUUUUAAGUACACUAAAGAAACAUGAUCUUGAUGUGGAUGAUGUUAGAGGACAAGGCUAUGAUAAUGGAUCUAACAUAAAAGGUAACAAACAAGGUGUGCAAAAAAAGCUUUUAGAUUUAAAUCCUAGAGCAUUUUAUACUCCUUGUGGCUGUCAUAGUUUGAAUUUAGUUCUUUGUGAUAUGACUAAUUCAUGCUCUAAAGCAAUAUCAUUUUUUGGAGUAGUACAACGUAUAUAUUCUUUAUUUGCUUCUUCUACAAAAAUAUAGAAAGUUUUAUUAGAGUAUAUUACUUUAACUCCUAAACCUUUAUCCCAACA